AUGGAUGCCGGACAUCGUCUCCUCGCUCGAUACUGCAGGACGCAGAACAGUGUGGAUCUGGACCAAUGCAUAAACCACUUUGAACGGGCCUUGAGUCUCUGCCCCAUAGAUCAUCCCUACCGCCCUGCAGGACUGUCCAAUCUGGCCACCGCAAAGUUUAUUCAUUGUCAAGCCAACAAAACAUAUUGUGACAUCGACAUUCCUCUCUCUCUAUUUCAAGAUGCACUUGAUUUGCGUCCCACUGAUCAUCCGGACCGACCCAUCACUCAACUCCAUCUUACACAUCAAGCAUGGCGGUGUUCACAGAGAGAUGAACCCCGUGACUUAGAUGAAGUGAUAUCCCUUCAUUAUCAUGCCCUGGGAUACUACAACACCGGGCAUACUUCCCGAGGGCGAUUGCUAGGUAAUCUAGCUGCAAUGCUGCAAACUCGAUUCGAGCGUCGAGGCAACGACAAAGACUUGGAUGAGGCCAUCGCACUUGGCGGGGAGGCGCUGGCUUUGUGCCCGGUCGGUCACCCAGAUCGGUCCAUAUCAUUAAAUGACUUCGCAGUUCAACUUGCCAUCCACUUUAACCACCGAUGCAACAACGAAGACUUGGAUGAGGCCAUCGCACUUGACAGGGAAGCGCUGGCCUUGUGCCCGGUUGGUCACACAGAUCGGUCCAUGUCAUUGAGUAACCUCGCCGCUCAUCUCGCCACCCGCCUUGACUACCGAUUCAACGACGAAGACUUGGAUGAGGCUAUCGCACUUGACAGGGAAGCGCUGGCCUUGCGCCCGGUCGGUCACCCACGUCGGUCCAUGUCAUUAAAUAACCUCGCGGCACAACUCGCCACCCGCUUUGACCACCGAUGCAACGACGAAGACUUGGAUGAGGCCAUCGCACUUGACAGGGAAGCGUUGGCAUUGCAUCCGGUUGGUCACAUAUAUCGGUCCACGUCGUUAAACAACCUUGCGAACCGACUCGGCACCCGCUUUGACCACCGAGGCCACAACGAAGACUUGGAUCAGGCUAUCGCACUUCACAGGGACGCGCUGGCCUUGUGGCCGGUCUGUCACACAGGUUGGCCCGUGCCAUUAAAUGACCUUGCAGUUCGACUCUCCAUCCGUUUUGACCACCAAGGGGAUGAUGAAGACUUGGAUCAGGCUAUCGCGCUUCUCAGGGAAGCGCUGGCCUUGCUUCCGCUUAGUUAUAUAGAAUGGCCCACGCAAUUAAAUAACCUUGCAACUCAACUCUCUAUCCGCUUUCGCCACCGAGGCAAGGUCGGAGACUUGGAUGAGGCUAUCGCACUUUAUAGGGAAGCCCUGGCCUUGCAUCCGGUCGGUCACACAUGUUGGUCCAUGUCACUACAUAAUCUUGCGAAUCAACUCUCAUCCCACUUUAAGCACCGAGGCAACGACGAAGACUUGGAUCAGGCUAUCGCACUUCAGAUGGAAGUGCUGGCUUUGUGCCCGGUUGGUCGCAUAGAUCGGCCUUCGUCAUUAAAUAACCUCGCGGCUCAACUCUCUUCUCGCUUUGACCACCGAGGCAAUGACCAAGACUUGAGCCAAGCUAUCGCACUUCACAGGGAAGCCUUGGCUUUGCGCCCGGUCGGUCAUACAGAUCGGACUAUGUCAUUAAAUAACCUCGCGGCCCAACUCUUAUCCCGCUUUAAACACCGAGGCAACAGAGAAGACCUCGACGAGUCGCGAGAGAACCUACGCUGUGCAUUGGCUCUGUUGAGUCAACAUGAUCCUCGUCAAUUAGCAGUCCACCAGUCGCUAGCUUAUGUCUAUCUGUCAGGGCUUGAUGGAAUCAGCGCGGAUGAAGGUGCGGACAGUGUGAGUGCUGCCAUGCACCACCUCAAGGUAGCAGCAAAUGUUGUCUCUGGAGGCUUGCUAUCCCACCUGCGAGCAAGUUUACUCUGGGUUCAGCACGCUGAUCAACACAAACAUGAUACUCAACUAGAGGCUUACACGACUUCUAUGCAACUUCUCGACGCUUAUAUGUCUGUGACAGCUUCGGUAUCGUCUCGUCAUAGGGCCAUGAAGGACUUCCCACGUGCACUUGCCGUGGAUGCUGCAUCGUGCGCUCUUCGUAGUGGUGACGUUUGUCGUGCUGUUGAGUUAUUGGAGCAAGGCAGGAAUAUCAACUGGACCCAGAUGACGCGACUUCGUACCCCUCUCGAUGGCCUCCAGACUCACGGCGUGCAUGCAGUGGCACUGAAGAAGAAAUUCACAAACCUUAGCUCCCUCCUCGAUAAACCUCCUGCGAACUAUCUAGAAGCAACCCCAAGAGUCGGUGUAGAAGCGGAGGAAACACAGCACAGACGUCUAGUGGAGGAGUGGAAUAGAACUGUAGAAGAGAUCCGGAAGAUCAACGGCUUCUCUCGCUUCCUCCUUCCCCCCUUAUUUUCCGAUCUUCAGGAUGCAGCUCGUGAUGGGCCCAUCAUCAUGCUCAUCGCAAGCAAGUCAUCUUGCCAUGCCAUUAUCAUCCCGCACAGGCAACCUCCGACUAGCAUCCAACUUCCUACCGAUUUGUGGAAACUCGCCACAUUGUUGGUCACACUCCGAGAAGCGGCCAGGAAAGAGGCUAGUCCUAAAGGGAACCAGACAGCGCUGACAAAAGCUUUGAGAGAGUUAUGGGAUGUCGUCGUCUCCCCAGUGGUUAAGAUUCUGGACGGAUUUGUACGACGAGGUUCCCGAAUAUGGUGGUGUCCAACGUCUCUCUUUAAUUCUUUGCCGUUGCAUGCUGCUGGCGAGUACAGGCCAAAGGGAAAAUCCGUUUCGCAGCAGUAUAUUUCUUCAUACACGCCAUCACUCACCGCGCUGAUCAAGGCCCGCCGAAGUCAUGACAGGUCUUCGUCAGUUCCCUUCGUUGCCAUUGGUCAAAAUCGCCCAGCCGGUGCCUCGUUUACUUUGGAUGCUGUGGAGCCCGAGCUGGAAUUGGUUCAGAGACUUUUGCCCCCUCCCCCCACUGUGUCCUUCUCCAGGAUAACCAGCGUCGAUGCCACGAAAUCGAGAGCACUGCGCGCAUUGCGAGACAAUACUUGGUUUCAUCUCGCGUGUCACGGGACACAAGAUCUUGACGAACCCUUCAAGUCAGCCUUUCUUAUGCGUGAUCAGCCGCUUUCGCUCCUCGACAUCACACAAAUGGAUCUGUCUCAACAUGAAUUCGCAUUUCUUUCUGCCUGUCAAACCGCGGUCGGUGACUUUAGCAUGCCCGACGAAAUGAUACACCUAGCAGCUGGCCUGCAAUUUGCCGGGGUCAACAGCGUCGUCGGGACAUUGUGGAGGGUCACGGAUAGCACCGUGCAGCACUUAGUGGAGGCAUUCUACAAAAACUUGCGCGGGGAUGGUCCAAUGAAUUCCAAACGAGCUGCCUGGGCGCUGCACCAAGCGGUCCAUUCGUUGGCUUGUGACAAGGACAUUCCAAUGACCUUGGACCAGCGCAUAGUGUUCGUGCAUAUUGGCAUAUGA